AUCACUGCCAAAUGCUCCUUCAGGCCACUACACCACCACAGUAAGAUCAUAGCUUCAGGACCCAAGUAGUGCCCGGGGAUCUGACUGAGGUGGUUGAUGGGAUUCUUACAGGAGGAGGAGCCAAGAUGGCCAAAUAGGAACAGCUCUGGUCUACAGCUCCCAGCGUGAGCGACGCAGAAGACGGGUGAUUUCUGCAUUUCCAUCUGAGGUCUCACUCUGUCACCCCCAAUUGGAGUGCAGUGGUGCGAUCUCCAUUCACUGCAACCUCCACCUCCCAGGCUCAAGCGAUUCUCCUGCCUCAGCCUCCUGAGUAGCUGGGAUUACAGAUUUUCAAAUAGGUGAAGCAAGAAUUAGGACUGGCUACUUCAGCUGGAUUGCAAUGGUGCGAUCACAGCUCACUGCAGCCUCUAACACCUGAGCUCACUGAUCCUUCCGCCUCAGCCUCUGGAGUAGCUGGGAUCAUAGACACCUAGAAGUGAAAUGACUGGGUCAUAUUGAUAUGGCAGCAGCAGGCAGUCCUGAGCGGCCGCUGCCAUCGCGCCGGCUGCAGCGGAAAGGUACAAGCCGUGGCGGCAGGAGCGGCUGUAGGAGCAGCAGUGGCGGCAGUGGGACCCCUGUGCCACGCGUCCCCUGUGCGCCGUGUCCCCAAGGCAGUUGACUACACCUCCGCCACCCUCUGCAGCAGGGUGGAUCCCACCUAGCGGGACUCCCCACCCACCCCUCCAGGCCCGGAGCCUUCUCCACUCCGGACUCUGGCCACUUGCCACCGUUGUCGCCCUCCGCCGCUGCGGGGAGGGUGUACGGAGGGAGCAGACCGUCUCCGGAACCCGCCGCCCUGGGGGCUGCAGUCAUGGGGCCGGGCUGAGUCACCUGCCAGCGGAGUAGCAGGGCAGUCGGGCACCGAGGGGCGAGCCUCCAGGGGACUUCAGGGGGAGCCGGGCCUGGGGCGGUGCCGCACUUGCACAUGGAGUGUGGGGGGCCAGGCCUGGGACCUGGAGCUGGGGCCGGGCUUCGGGGCAGAGGCAGGAAGAGGAAGCGGCACCCGCUUCGGGGACCCAGCCGGCGGCCAGGCCACCGCGCCCACCCGGCCGAUGGCACCGUGUUCCUGCGCCUCGGGAGGAGGCUCUGCGCGGGACUGCAGGGUCUGCCCCGCAUCGGAGUGAUCGCCGAGCCUGACGCUGUCGAAGUCUGGGCCUGGGGCCCGCAAUCUACUCCGGAGGCUUUCCCGCUGGGCAGGGCUGCUAGCAGGACGCACAUGAAAUUUGGUACCGUGACUUGGAUCAGGGGACCUCCCAUGGGAAUCAAUCCCCUGUCCUCCUGUUCUUUGCUCCAUGAGAAAGAUCCACCUACAACCUCAGGUCCUCAGACUGACCAGCCCAAGAAACAUCUCACCAAUUUCAAAUCCGCAACAAAGCACCAUCUUGGAAGCAGAGAGCCGCCCUUACCAGAACUGAAUGCAGGCACCAUGACCUUGAACUCCCAGCCUCCAGAACUAUGUGAGUGCACAUGGAAAUUUAUGGAGUCUCUCAGCAUUGUAGAAGAGCCUCUGUUUCUUCUCACUGGUUCCUGUCCUCCUCAGCUUGGUAUAUAACUCCUGAGGGCUGAACACGUGGUUGCUGAAGGAUCCAGUCCCUGCCCUAUAACCCAGGAAGAAUUUCUACUUCCCCUUCCUGUCCAGAAGUAAUAUUCCCAGGGAUCACCUUUUUCUCUCCUGCCCUAUGGACUUCAGAUAUAUCUAUCUGCCUUUCACUAUGACAAUAAAUGUCACUGAUUUGCUUUAAUGGUAGAAAAGACUACAGAGAGAGAGAGUAAAAAUAAAAAAUGUAUUAAUAUGGGAGAAUAUACACCCAGAGGAAUGUUUGGAAAUAGUUUCUCCAUCACAGAAGCAAAACUAGAGCUGGGUGGUUUAUACUGGGUGAUAUAGUUUGGCUGUGUCCCUACCCAAAUCUCACCUUGAAUUGUAAUAAUUCCCAUGUGUCAAGUGUAGGACCAGGUGGAGAUAAUUGAAUCAUGGGGGUGGUUUUCCCCAUACUGUUCUCAUGGUAAUGAAUAAGUCUCAUGAGAGAUGAUGGUUUUAUAAAUGGGAGUUCCCCUGCACAAGCUGUCUUGCCUGCUGUCAUGUAAGACGUAACUUUGCUCCUCAUUCACCUUCCGCCAUGAUUGUGAGGCUUCCCCAUCCAUGUGGAACUGUGAAUCAAUUAAACCUCUUUCCCGUAUAAAUUACCUAGUCUCAGGUAUGUCUUUAUUAGCAGUGUGAGAACAGACUAAUACUAUCUCCUCCUGUAGAUAGCAAAGGAGUGAUUCUACUGCAUUAACAUUAAUCUCAUGAAUUUAGCGUCAUUUCAGUCCUGGUUUUAGCUCAAGUCUCAUUGGAGAAGAGUAGAUAGCCACCAGCUAUAAUACAAAAAGCAACCAUUUGGAGUCAGAGCUAGAUUCAAAUCCAAGUCUCAUCACUUCAUACAAUGUUACCUUUGGGCAAGUUAUUCAGUCUCUUUGAGCUUCAAGUGGCCUUUCAAAAAUGUCAUCUACAUCAUAAAAGUGUUGCUGAUAUUCAGUGAAAUGCUCCAUAUGAAACCCCUCACAAAGGACUGGGAACAUAGUAAGUCUAAAUACAUGUUUGUUUCCAUUCCUCUACCAUUUUCCUUUAUAAGAUGAAGUGAGAAAUUAUAUGCUCCCUGGGAAAUGGCUAUCUGCAAAGACUUGUGGCAUUCUAGUUUCUGGAUAUAUUGCCUUAUGUCUGGCAAACUGUACUGAUUAAAACUUACAACAGAAGAAGGAAAAACUAAUUUGGAAGGGCUAAUCAAGACUCUCCAUAGUCCAAAAGGGAUGAUUUCCCAGUUGUACAGAGAACCAAUAAACCUCCAUCCUGAAGACAAAAGUAAUUUUAUGAAACUGCAUGAAGUUUCUCUAGAGAGAGAGACUUCACAAAGCCCAGUGGUCACAGCUGUGCAGUGGAACUGAACUACUUUGAAUCUCUGCCAUCAAAGGAAAGAAUCUCAGGAUUUUUCUGCUACAGAAGCAUGAUCGUGUUUAAAUUCUUAAAAUGCUGCGUUAGCAAGAAUUCUCCACAGAAACAGACUCUCUCUCUAGAGUUGAGAGAGAGAGAGUUAAUAUAGGAAUUGGCUCAUGGGACAAUGGAGGCCAAGAAGUUCCAGAAUCUGAUGUCUGCAAGCCAGCAAACAAAGAAAGCCAAUGAUGUAAUUUAGUCUGAGUUCAAAGGCCCAAGAGUGGAGGUACUGAUGGUAUAAGUCCUGAUCUGAGUCUAAAGGCCCAAGAACCACGAACACUCAUGUUAACAGAAGAUGAAUAGGCCAGGUGCGGUGGCUCACACCUGUAAUCCCAGCAUUUUGGGAGGCUGAGGCUGGCAGAUCCAUUGAGGUCAGGAGUUUGAGACCAGCUUGGCCAACAUGGUGAAACCCUGUCUCUACUAAAAAUACAAAAAUUAGCUAGACAUGGUGGUGUGUGCCUGUAGUCCCAGCUACUCAGGAGGAUGAGCCACAAGAAUGAACCCAAGAGGCAGAGGUUGCAGUGAGCUGAGGUUGCGCCACUGCACUCCAGUCUGGGUGACAGAGC